CAUCAUGCGGGGCGGCGGCGGCGGCUCGCACACCGAGACUGGACAUCACAGACAGCAGAAGGUCAAGAAGUCCUUGGAAAAUAAAAAGUCUAAGCAACUUGAGGAGGUGGAAACUACUGUUCUAGGAGUGAACAGUAACUAUGAUGACACAGUGAGCAACAUUUCUUCUGCCUCACCGAAGGGCCCAGUGAACGGGAGCACAGAGUCUAGAAGCAAGCGGACCAUUCGCAGACCUGCUUACUGGCUGGAAAUGAGAGGAGUGAAAAACAGUGUUAACAAAUCUCCAGAAAAAAAAGGAGAAGUAUUGCUGAAAGGCAAGAGGAAAUCUGAGCAAGGGGAAGGCGAAGAUGUUGAAGACUCUCCCAAGAAGAAGCAAAAAAUUUGGGGAAUCCUUCAGGAAUCCCAAGAGCCCGAGACCAGACAGAGGGAAAGUCUGGAACAAGGAAACCUUACACUCAGUGAAGGAGGACGAGCAGGAAAAAACCGGCAAGCUGGAACAAAACAAAACUCCAAAAGGAAAGGCCACUGUGUUCAGAAAGAGACAGAAACCUAUGGCACAGGUAGUAUGGAAGAGCAAUGGUCUUUGGAGAUUCAGGACAAAGGCCGAGUUACCUGUCCCACAUGCCGGGCUGUGGUGAGAAAGACUGUAGAAGGACUGAAGAAACAUAUGGCAAACUGCAGGCAGGAAAUGUUUACGUGUCAUCAGUGCGGGAAGCAGCUGAAGUCUUCAGCAGGGAUGAAAUACCAUGUCAUGGCAGACCAUAACAAUCAGCCAGUUGUGAAGGAGGGAGAGGAAGUGGACGAGCAGCUUGAGCGAGACCGCCUUCGGAAGGUUUUGAAGUGUAUGGGAAAACUGAAGUGUACAAGGGAGGGCUGCACAGGCAGCUUCACCAGCAUAAUGGGAUACCUGUAUCAUGUUAAAAAAUGUGGGAAGGCUGCUUCUGAGCUGGAGAAAAUGGCUAUGAAGUGCCAUCACUGUGGAAAAGCAUACAGAUCAAAGGCAGGACUGGUCUACCACCUCCGCUCUAAGCACGGGCCGGUCACUUUCCUCCAUGAGGAGAGAAGAACAGGGAACCUGAUAGAAAUGAAACAGGAACAAAACAACACAGGCAGAGUUCAGAGGAGAUCUGCAAAGGUGGCAAUCUACUAUCUCCAUGAACUGGCUGGAGAAGAGCUGGCCAAAGAGUGGCCCAAAAGAAAAGUUCUGCAGGACUUGAUUCCAGAUGACCGGAAGCUGAAAUACACUCGUCCUGGACUGCCCACAUUUAGUCAAGACGUGCUGUGCAAAUGGAAAGCAGAGAUAAAGAUGUACCGAAGAGUCCACUGCCCAAAUCAGGGUUGUGAAUCUGUGUACGGCAGUGUCUCAGGACUCAAAUCUCACCUCGGCACAUGUACCUUGGGAGACUUUGUGGCUGGUAAAUACAAGUGUCUCCUGUGUGAGAAGGAGUUCAUUUCAGAGAGUGGGGUCAAGUAUCACAUCAACUCUGUGCAUGCUGAGGACUGGUUUGAUAUGAACACAAUGACCACCAAAAGCUUUGAGAAGCUAAUGAAAAUCCGCCAAAGGGAAGAGCAGAGGAAGCAACGGAAGAAACGUCCCUUGACCAGGGGCAAAAAGAAGAAAGCUGGGACCCUGGCUGCCAAGAAGCUCCCCACUGCUGGAGUUGAAAAAAUGAGGAAAAAUAAGAGGGGUCGUCCACGGCGGGUGGACAAUGAGAGUGCGAGCAGUGAGGAAGGGGCACUCCAAGUUGCACAGAGAGCUGAAUUUCCUAAAACCAGCCGCAAGCGAGGCCGAAGCAAAUCCCUAGAGGAUGAGAAGGUGUAAUUCUAAAGCUUUUCAAUUACAAGCCCCACUUCUGUCCAGCUCAUAACUCACAGCACUAAUAUAAGCAACUGGAUGUCUUUGGGACUUGUGACUCAAUUCUACUUGGUGACUUUGAUAUUGAAACUUUUGCCUCUGCUCAGUUGUGAGGGAUUCAAACCAAAGCUGUGGUGCAGAGGCUGCCUCUUCUGGUAUAGUUCCCUUGGACAGUGGCACUAGCAGUGUACCCAGUGUGAUUCCUGCUCUGGUUACAUCCCAGUCUCAGAUUGGUCACAUUAUUGCUUGUUAGUGGUUUCCAGUACAGCAGAUGUCUGUUUUGUCAUCUUCCUCAGAUGGGUGAGAUCAGGGUUCUUUUUUAGCAGUUCUCCCCAUAAGGGACUGACUAGCACAAUGUUUAGAUCUCUUCAAGGGGGAAAUCCUUUCUUGCACAGAAUGCACACAAACUAAGCAGUGCUGUGCAGAAUUCAAAGUCUUCGGCUUGUCCUAUCACUGUCCUGUCUGUUGUCAGCAAGGCUGCCACAAAAGAGCAGAGACCUUCCCAGUGUUUUCUGUAGCCUGUUGCACAAGGCUCUAAUUCAUGCACUGGUGUUUAGGCUGAGCAGCAGAUGAGCACAGGUCUGCUUGGAAGGGAUGGGACAUGAUUAUUACCCUUGUCAGGAGCCCACCGUUCCCCUGGCAUCUGUCUCCUGUAAUGCUGGGCAUUAAAGAUGCAUAAAGAGUC